CGAACUCUUCCUCAACUACAGUUUGAAUUUUCUGAAGUCGAGCAAGAAGCGUCGCGCCCAAAGUUUUAGGCCAUGAGCUGGGCGGUGGAGGAGUGGAAGGAUGGACUUCCAGGGAAAGCCCUGCAGAAGAUCCAGGAAAUGGAGGUCCAACUGGACAAACUGAAGAAGGAAAGGACGCAGAAGCAGUUUCAGCUGGACUCUCUGGAAGCCGCCCUGCAGAAACAGAAGCAGAAGGUGGACAGCGAACGCACCGAGAUCUCUGCUUUGAAGAGAGAAAACCAGUCGAUGAUUGAGUCAUGUGAUGCUUUGGAGAAAACUCGUCAGAAGGUCGUUCAUGACCUCGGAGUCAAAGAGCAGCAGGUGAGCUACCUGGAGGGUCAACUCAACACCUGCAGGAAGACAAUAGAUCGACUGGAGCAAGAACUCAAGAAGUACAAAACUGAGCUCGAUCGCUCUCAACCUGCUGGAUCUUCCUCAUUGUCCACCUCUUCCUCUGACCUGCAGACGUUCAGCACUCCACAGAAGACUUUCGCUACGCCAGCGCCUGUCGCUGCACACAGACAGCCAGACGGCAAACUGGACGAGCUUCAGGAAAAGUACAACCAUGAAGUGGAAGAAAGAAGGAAGCUGGAAAGUGAGCUGAAAAUGUUGCAGGUUAAGUUGCUGAAUCAGUCAUCUGUCAGCCACAAGGACAUCGCUGCCCGCCACACUGGGUCAUCCAUAUUCCCAUGGCAACAGCAAGAUCAGGUCCACAGGGGCCAGGAUGUGAUGGAAACGCCGCUAAAGAGACGCGGUGCUUCUCUGUGGGACGCCCACGAGGAGACGCCGAUCAAACCCAACCAGCGGAUGAGUUCGUCCAGACCCGUCCAGAGUCCCAGCGGAUCGACCCAGCAGACGGAGCAGCUGAAGAGCCUCAACCAGGAGCUGCGUGGACGUGUGUCAGAGCUGGAGAGGAAUCUGGCCGCUCAGGAAAAGGAAAUUCGUAGCCAAACAUCAAAGCUGCAAGAACUCCAAACUCACUUGAACCAAACCCGCAAAGAGCUGGCGGAGCGGGACAGGGAGCUGGCCAAGGCCGGCCAGGAGCUGGGCCAGGCUGCAGACCGCCAGCAGCAGCUGGAGGCAAAGUGCUCCUUGGUGGAGCAGAAGCUGAAGCAGGUCUCUGAGGAGAUGAGCUGCCAGAGGCACAACGCUGAAAGCUGCAGACGAGCUCUGGAGCAGAAACUCAAAGAUCAAGAGAGAAACAGUCAGAAGGAGUUGGCUCAGCUUCAGAGUUCCCAUCAGGCUUUGGAUCAGCAGCUCAACCAGACCAGAACCAAGCUGACACAGGAGGUCCAGCAGGCCAAAAAAGACCACAAUGUUCUUCAAGCGGAAAUGGAGAAGAUGCGCUUGCAGAAGAGUCAGAUGGAGAGAGAAAUGGAGGAGCAGAAGCAGAAGCUGCUGCGGUCCGAGCAAGUUCUGCAGGCGACUCAGACCAAAGAGCAAGACCUCCACAAAAAGAUGGAGGAACUGCAGAAGGAGAAGAACAAUGUGACCAUCCAGUUGGACCGCAGCAGCAGGUCUCUGACUCAGCUGGAAGAGGAGAAGAGGAUCUCAGAGCAGUCGCUGAAACGGACCCAGGGGCUCCUGGAGGAUCUGAAAGCGAAAUCUGAAGGACAGGCUGAGGAGCUGAAGAGACUCCAGUCAAAACUUGAGCAACAGACUCAGGCGGCAGCGAAAGAGCUGGAACACGUGAAGAAGACGCUUUCUGACGCAGAGGCCAGAAACGACAAAUCUCAGAAUGAGCUUCAAAAGCAAAAGCAGGAGGGUGAGAAGCUGAGCAACAAGCUGACGGUCGUAGAGGAGGAGAACGAAGAGCUGAAAUCAAACCUCCGUCAGAGUCGGGACGAGUGCCAGGCGGUGAAACAGGAGCACCAGGCUCUGCUGGAGUGGAAGAAAAACAAGGAGAACCUGAUAAACCAAACCGAGGCCGUGCAGCAGGAGCUCACCGACAAGAUCAUCACUUUGGAGGGCAAAGCGAGUCGGCUGGACGAGGCCAGCAAUGAACUCCAGGACAAGAUCUCAUCCAUGGAGGCAGACAAAGCCAGUCUGUCCGCCCACAUCGACGCCCUGAAGGGAGAACUCCUCAUGAGGAGCACGGAGCUGGAGGAGAAGGAGCAUCAGUACCAGCAGCUUCAGCUCCACGUCUCUGAAGCGGCACAGAAACACGGCAAAGACCUGGAGAACGCCGGGAAGCAGCUGGCGCAGCUCCAAGGACAGGUGAAAGAUCUGGAGUCCCGGCUGCAGAAGGAGACGUCUCGAGCCGAGUUGGCUGAAAAGAGCAGCUGCGAGCUGAAGGAGGAGCAUCAGGCCGCCUGCGACCUGCUGCGCUCCAAAGACCAGCUGCUGGAGCUGGGCCUGGCCGAGGUCAGCCAGCUGAAGGGCAGCCUCGCUCAGGCCGCCGCACAGCAGGAGGCGCAGAGCGACAGCUUUGUGAAGCAGAAGGCCGUCCUGCUGAAGCAGUGUGAGGAGAGCGUUUCGGUGCAGGCCGAGGAGACGGAGCGCGUCAAGCUGCAGGCAGAGGAAGUCCAGCAGGAGCUGCAGCUCUCCAAAAACAAAAUCACCUCCCUGGAGCAGAUCCUGAAGAUCCAGGAGCAGCUGGGAGCCGAGCUGCAGAAACAAAUCAAGACGCUGUCCGAUAAGGAGGAGGAGCUCACGAAGACGUGCGAGGAGAAAUCAGAGGAGCUGAAACGCUUGGAGGAGGAGCUGAAGGACCAGCGGAGCCGCACCGAGGAGACGGAGCAGCAGCUGAGAGCGGCUGAGGCUCAGAUCCACUACAUGAAAAAUCAAACAGCCGAGCUGGAAAAUCAACUUCAAGAGAUGAAGAAAGAAACAGAGAUCCUGCAGUUCAGUCACACUGAAAGGAUAAACGCUCUCCAGGAACAGAUUGCAUGUCUGGAGAAGCAAGUUGCUGCAAACCAGGAAGCAGCAGAGGAGCUUCCUGUCCUGAAAAACAAACUGGACGUGGUCAACCAGUCUCUUGCUCACCUUAACAAAUCUCUUGAAGCUUCAGAGAAGAGCCUCAGCUGUGCAAAUGAAAAAAAAGCUGAUCUGGAGGUCACCUUGUCUGAGAAAGUGAAACUUGUCUCUGCUUUGGAGGAUCAGAUCAAUAACCUCACUGAGAAGCUGAGGAAAGAGUCUGAGAGCCACAGCUCAGAGGUUGAGGACUUUGUCAAUAAGGAGAGGAGCCUCAAAGAGCAGCUGGAAGCCACUAAGAAAUCAGUGGCUGCAGCCAAAGGAGAGUCGAGCUCGAGACGGGAGGAGAUCCGAACCAUGAAGACGACCCUGACUGCAGCGUCCCGCGGCCUGGAAGAAAGAGACAACACGAUAAAAAGUCUGAAAGAGAAGCUGAACAAAGCAGAGGCAGAGCAGGCCAAAGCCUCUGAGCUCCUGAAGGAGAAGACGGAGGCCAUGAACAAAAUCAAGGUGCAGCUGGAGAUGCUGCAGAUGGACCUGGAGGACAACGAGUCGGCCAUGACCUCCGUGGACAGUCAGGUGGAGGAGCUGAAGGGAAUCAUAGCGUCACUGGAGGCCAGGCUGGAGGACAGCAAAGCCCAGGUUUCUGUCUUGGAGACGCGUUUGGAUGAGGUUCAGUCCCAAAACUCUCUGCUGGAGACAAAAUACGUGACGGCGAAGGAUGAGCUGCUGGAGCGGAGCUGCGAGAUAACCCGUCUGGAGGAGGAGGCUGUGAGGCGGCAGCAGCUAGAGGAGAGCUUCUCUGCCUUGGAGGCCAAACUGAGUCAGAUUGUUGAGGAAAACUCAAAAGCAGAGAUGGUACUGAAGCAGAUCAUUCAGGAGAAACAGAGCCGUUUGGAUCAGCUAAACGAGGAGAAAAACAGCCUCCAGGCUUCCUUAACGCUGCUACUGGAUGAGCAGAAACAAGCCGAGUCUGAAAUCACCCAGGUGAAAGCGGGGAAGGAAGAGCUGGAGGAGAGAAUGAGCAACCUGUUGAAGGAGAUUCAGCAACUCCAUGCUGAUGUUAGAGAGUUAUCUGAGCAGAAACAGGAAGCGGAGGCAAUGAUUGAGCAGAUGGCUGCAGAAACACAACAGACAGAGUCGGCGCUCCGUCGGGUCUCGGAGGAGAAAGCCCAGCUGAGCGUCGCUCUGAGUUCUGUGAGCGAGGAAAACGUUGAGCUGCAGGAGAGGAUUUCCACUCUGACCUCCGAGGUCGGGGAGCUGGUCUGCAAAGUGAAGCAGGUGGAGGAGGAGAAACUCCAGGUGGAGUCUAAGUUUAGUCAAAUCUCUGAGGAAAACAUCAAGCUGCAGUCAGACAUGAACCGUCUGACUGCAGAGAAGCAGCAGCUGCAAACCAGCACAGAGAGGCUGCAGGAGGAGAUGGCGUCUCUGCGGGAGGAGAGCGAGCGUGUCCAGCAGACGCUGCAGGAGCAGCUCAACACGGAGACCAACCACACGGAGAGCAGAGCGCAGAACCAGCAGUUUGAGGCGGAGCAGACUGCACUCCACCAGAAGCUGUCCGUCCUCCAGACGGAGCUGGCUCUGCUGCAGCAGCAGUACGAUCUGCUGCUGCAGCAAGUGGGCCAGCAGCAGCGCAUCAUUCAGCAGCUCACAGAAUCACACAAACACCAGAAUCCAGCUGGAAACGUCCCCCGCCAAGAGCCCAGAGACGCUGAGGAUGGCGCAGAGGCAGCUGAACAGACCGAACCAAACCCAGAACUUGGUGUGAGCGUCGGUACCAGCGCAGAGUCAGAUGCAUUGAAGGAACAGGAAGAGGCGUCUGGAAGGAGCCCUGAUCAGGCUGCGAGUGAGGCAGAGCUGAUCGUUAGGGAGGACGCCUCUGAUCAGGAGAUGAUCAAUGAGGAGGAGGCUCAUAAACAUGAUGCUCAGGACAUCCAACCUCACCAGCAGGUCCAUGAGGAGAACUGCAGCAGUAGUGGAGAUCUUGAAAAUGAGAACUAUGAUGCAUUUUCCUCCCAACAUGAGAUAAGAGGCAUGAAAUUCUCCGGAGACGAGUCUUGGCCGGUGAAAGACGUCGGCGUCGACACAGAAAUGAUCUCAAAACAGCAGAGUGAACUGCAGACGCUGAGGUCAGAGUUUGACCUGCUGACCUCUGAGCUGCAGCUGAGAGCAGAGCUGACCUCAGAGCUGGAAGUCCAAGUUCAGCAGCUGGAGGAGAAAGUUCAGGCUGCAGAGGAGCAGCUGAGCACCGCUUUGGAGGAGAAGAAGAGUCUUUCUGAUCAGGUGACCGAGCUGCUGGAGGAGAGGGAGUCACUAGGUCUGCAGCUGGAAACGUCUAAAUGUCAACUCACUGACGUCAUGGAGAUGCUGGAAGGACUUGAGAUGGCCAAAGGCGGAUGGGAUGAGAAGUUCCUUCAGCAGGAAAGUGAGUUGAAGAGAGUCCGCUCUGAAAAAGCUAACCUGGAGCAGCACAUCCUGGGAAUGGAGUCUGAACUGGAGAGCCUGCAAGCAGAAAGCUGCAGGCUGACGGAGGAGCUGGAGACCCAGAGGAAAACUUGUUCAGGACGGGAACAACACAUAGAAACUCUCCUCACGGAGACGACCCAGCUGAGAGCUGAACUCGUGUCGUGCUCUGAAGACCGAGAUGAGUUGAGUCAGUCUGUAGGUCAGUGGAGAGACAAAGUUCACAGUUUGGAGAAGACAAACCUGGAAACCAGAAAUUUAAUCUCCAUCCUGGAGGAAGACAUCCGGGUCGGAAGGAAGGAGUACGAAGGUCUACAGAGCAGCAUGGAGAGAGUGAAGGCAGAGAGGGAGCAGUUUGUGCAGCAGGUUGUGGUUCUGGAAGAGGCCAUUUCUAAACACAACAGGGAGAAGGAGGGGCUGCUCAGCCACCUCCAUGAGAUGGAGGAUCAUCACACGUCCACCAACCAAAACACCGAGUCCAUGGCCGGCAAAAUCCAGGCUUUGGAGGGAGAACUGUGUCGCCUCUCCCAGUCUCUGGAGUCGUCGCUGCUGGAGAAAGGAGAAAUCGCGUCUCGGCUGAACUCCACUCAGGAUGAAGUCCAGCAGAUGAGGACGGGCAUCGAGAAGCUCCAGGUCCGCAUCGAGUCAGACGAGAGGAAGAAGAAGAACAUGGGAGAGCUGCUCAAAGCUGCUCAGAGAAAGUCUGACCUGCUGCAGGAUCGCAUCGAUGCGCUGGAGCGAGAGAGAGACGAAUUUGAGCAAAAUCUAGAGGAGGCCGUGUUGCAGGCUGAAGCAGCAAAAGCUGAACUGGAAGAGGAGAGGUAAGGUAACAGAAACACUCCAGUGGAAGAAGAGAAGAAAGAGCUGAAUGAGAAACUGACUGAGUUGUUCGUCGCUUUGGACGCUCUGAGAUCUGAGAAAGCUCAUUUAGAAAGAGAGCUGGACUUGAAAAAUGAAGAGAUAGAGGAGCUGAAGGCGGCUAAGGACAAUCUGGAACAGGGUUUGGAAGCAGAGGUGGACAGGAGAGAAGAAGAAGACAGACAGAGACAAAGGCUAGAGGAGCUGGAGAAAUGGACGAGAGAGGAAGCAGAGAGACGAAGUGUGCAAGUUGGAGACCUUCAGGGUCAGCUGACUGAGUCGGAAAGGGAAAACAACGACCUUAGGACAGCUAUUGAGACUUUAGGAGAAGAAAUAAAGGAUCUUAAAACACUUGCUCAAGGUAAAGAGGAAGAAAUCCUCGCUUUGGAGAAGGACAAAGAAAAUAAGGCAGAAUCGAUCUCAUCAAUCGUAGCAGAGAAGAAACGAUUGGAGGAAAGAAAUGAACAGCUAGAAAAGGAGAGAGACGACCUUCAGUCUAUUCUGGUGUCUGUGAACCAAGAGAAAGCAAAGGCAGAUCAGGAGAAAACAGAGUUAGAUGCAGAGAGAGUAAAGCUUCAGUCCAAGAUCUCGUUGGUAGAAACGGAGAAACAGAACCUCCAACAAACCGUCUCCUCAUUGGAGCAGGAAAAGCUGAGGUUAGAGACCGAAACUGAGGAGCUGCAGUCCUCGCAGUUGAAGCUGGAAGAGGUGAAGAACAACCUGUCUUCAGCUCUUUCCAUGCUGGAAGAAGAGAAGCAACAGGCAACAGCGGAGAAGAAGAGGCUCGCACGGGAACAUGAGGUUCUGCAGAAAACAGUCGCCUCCAUGGAAGAAGAGCUGGAGACACACAAACGCUCCAUGACCCAGCUCAGUGAGCAGGUCUCUGAAUUGACUUCCAGUUUAGCUCGUCUGACUAAAGAGAGAGACUCUGCUCUGAGCAAAAUGAACCUUUGGAUGAAGACCUGCAAACAGCUGGAGCAGGAGAAGCAGAGCAUCCUGAACAGCUCAGAAGGAAGAAGCAGUGAGGAGUUUCAGGCUGAAGCGACCCAGCUGAGGGCGCAGGCAGAGGUCAGGGAGAAAGAAGUGCAAGAACUGAAAACCGCCCUGGAGAAAAAAACGACAGAGGCUGAGGAAAGACGACAAGAACUGAAGCAAAAGGAGGAAGAGGUGAGGGAGAGAGCGGCUGCUCUGGAGGGAGUGAGAACAGAGAAGGAAAGGGAGCUGGAGGAGAUCAGGAAGGAGCUGGAUGAGGCUAACGCGCUUCUGGAGGAGAAAAGCACGGAGGCCGACGAGAGCAUGGAGAAAUACUGCAGCCUGAUGGUUAAAGUCCACAAGCUAGAGGAGAGCAAUGACGCGCUGAAGACCCGACUGGAGCAGCUCACUGCCAGCCAGCCUGUGAACGAAGCCAAGGUCCCUCCUGAAACCCGCCGGCGUUCAGCGAGGAAGUCUGCCUCCAAACACCAGGAAGAAAAAAUGAGUGAAAACACCGAGAAUCUGGCUCCCACGACAACGCCGAGCUCUCCGCAGGGGUGGUCUCCGGGGAAACGGGGUCACAAGGAGAUCAGUGACAGAGACGGCGCCCAGGAGGCUCUGCACAACCUGACCAAGAAACUGAAAGCCAACACCGCGACGCCCAGAGGAAGAGCAGAACAGGACGACGAAGAGUUCAGACCAGAAGGCCUGCCUGACCUGGUGCAGAAAGGGUUUGCUGAUAUCCCACUGGGGGAGGCCAGUCCGUAUAUCAUCCGGAGGACCACCGGGAGGCGCUGCAGUCCUCGGCUGGCUGCCAGGCAGACUCAGCCUGACGUCAAGGUUUUGGGGUCGGUCCAUCUGCAGAGUCCCUCUGGUUCAUCAUCGGACGGCUCUGACGGGCAGCGCCAGCCUCCGCGUGGCGAACAGGAAGCAGAGCAGAGAGAGAAGCAGGUUUUAGUGGAGCGAACAAAGCAGGGAGAAAACUGUCAUGUUCAGUAGAUCACUUCACACACGCAAACUAAUGUUCGCUUGAUCACGAGGUUGUUUAAAAUUUCACCUAAUGGUAUAUAGGGCCUACAUUUUUCACUUUUUCAUUUGAGGAGAAAGCACUUCUGUUUUUUUUUUUUGUCUGAUUGAAACGAAGCAUUUCCUGUUCUGUUUAUUCUGCAUGCAGCUCGGCGUCAUCAGGAAGAAAUGGAAAUAUGAAAAUCUUUUUUUCUUCCUAUCAUUGCUUUUUGUUCAGCUGUUUAUUUUUUUACUACAUUUUUUAAAACACUUUUUUAAAUUAGUCAGACGUAUUGUAGCUGUUUGUCAUUUUUCUGCCUUUAUUUUACUGUCACUCUCUCGCUGUAAGAAAUACUUUUUAGCUCAUUUUUUUUCUGUAAAUGAUGGCAGCUGACUUCUUACAUUUCCAUCUUUUUCUGCUUUGUAUUGAUGUCUAACGUUUUUUAAUAAACCCAUUUUAACAACU